UAAAAAACGCACAGCGUGGCCUCCAUUCUGUUAAACCCCAAGUACACAAACAAGGAGGGUGCAAAAGAGAGAGGAAGAAGAUGAAGAUAGAAGAGGUACAAUCCACCAUAAAGAAGCAACGAAUAGCAACUCAUACUCACAUUAAAGGACUUGGCCUUGAGCCCAAUGGAAAUGCAAUGCCUUUGGCAUCUGGGUUUGUGGGCCAGGCUGCAGCCAGAGAAGCUGCAGGGCUCGUGGUUGAUAUGAUACGCCAAAAGAAGAUGGCUGGUCGAGCUCUACUGCUUGCUGGACCGCCAGGUACUGGGAAAACAGCUCUCGCUCUUGGUAUAUCACAAGAACUUGGGAGUAAGGUUCCUUUCUGUCCAAUGGUGGGAUCUGAAGUAUAUUCAUCAGAAGUUAAGAAGACUGAGGUUUUGAUGGAAAAUUUCAGGCGAGCUAUAGGGCUUCGUAUGAAGGAAAAUAAGGAGGUUUAUGAAGGAGAGGUGACUGAACUUUCUCCAGAAGAGGCUGAGAGCGUGACUGGUGGAUAUGGGAAAAGCAUCAACCAUGUUAUAGUUGGUCUAAAAACUGUCAAAGGAACCAAACAGUUGAAGCUUGACCCAACUAUAUACGAUGCCUUGAUUAAAGAAAAGAUUGCUGUUGGCGAUGUGAUAUACAUUGAAGCAAAUAGUGGAGCAGUUAAAAGAGUGGGUAGGAGUGAUGCUUUUGCUACAGAAUUUGAUCUCGAGGCAGAAGAGUAUGUUCCACUUCCUAAAGGAGAGGUUCACAAAAAGAAGGAGAUAGUCCAGGAUGUUACAUUGCAUGAUCUUGAUUCUUCAAAUGCACGACCUCAAGGAGGACAAGAUAUAUUGUCUUUAAUGGGUCAGAUGAUGAAACCCAGGAAAACCGAAAUCACUGACAAGUUGCGCCAAGAGAUCAAUAAGGUGGUUAAUAGCUAUAUUGAUGAAGGUGCUGCAGAACUUGUCCCCGGAGUCUUAUUCAUUGAUGAGGUACACAUGCUUGAUAUGGAAUGCUUUUCGUACUUGAAUCGUGCUCUGGAGAGUUCACUUUCUCCAAUUGUGAUUUUUGCCACAAAUAGAGGUAUCUGUAAUGUCAGGGGUACAGAUAUGGCUAGUCCACAUGGCAUUCCAGUUGACUUAUUAGAUCGGUUGGUGAUUAUUAGAACUGAAACUUAUGGUCCAGCUGAAAUGAUACAGAUCUUAGCUAUCCGUGCACAGGUAGAGGAACUAGAAAUAGAUGAAGAAAGCCUUGCGUACCUAGGAGAGAUUGGUCAGCAAGCUUCCUUGAGGCAUGCUGUUCAGCUACUAUCACCAGCCAAUAUAGUGGCCAAAAUGAAUGGACGUGAUAAAAUCUGCAAGGCGGAUCUGGAAGAAGUCGGAUCCCUUUACCUGGACGCAAAAUCUUCUGGAAGAAUUCUCCAGGAGCAGCAGGAUAGAUAUAUCUCGUAACAAGCUGCAUUAUGGUAGUGUUCCGUCUUGAGGUGGUCAAUGGUAGAUACAAAUCGCUACUGGCAAGUCAAUUUGUUUCUCUUGGUCAUGCCUACCUUCCAUGCAUGAUGCAAUUUAGUCUUCGGGGGAGAUCUUAAGACAUCAAGGUAUCUGUCAAAAUUUGGGAUGCUUGAAGAUGUUAUUAUCUAUAUUAUAUUUUGGAUGCAGAUUAUGUUUUACCUUGGUCCUAAAUCUUUGGGAAGUCCACGGGACAUUUGGUCAGAGGAGAAAUACUCUUGAAUCUGAGCAAAGACAGAAGAAAGCUUCUAAAUUCAGAAAAUAUAUGUUGGAUGAGUCCUGUUUCUUGCCUUUUGGAGGAAGCUGAUUAAUAGCCUGUUUGGCCAAGUUUUUUUUUCCCCAAAAGUACUUAUUUUUUAUAAGUGUUUAUUUUUAAAAAAGUGAGGUGUUUGGCCAAGCUUUUGGGAGAAAAUAAGUGCUUCUGGGAAGUAGCAGAAACAGUUUUUCAGAAGCUAAAAAAAUAGCUUUUGUCCAAAAACAUUUUUUUGAAAAGUGCUUUUGAGAAAAAUACACUUAAAAACACUUUUUAAAAGCUUAGCCAAACACUAAUUGCUGCUCAAAAGUGCUUUUAAAAUUUAUUGGCCAAACACAAACUAUUUUUUGCCAAAAGUACUUUUUUGAAAAGCACUUUUCAAAAUAAGUAGAUUUUAGAAACUUAGCCAAACAGGCUAUAAAUAUGAUACAGGCUUUUUACAAAUCAAUUGCUGAAGCGUUUUUACAGUGGCAUUUUAUGGCUUUGUUCCAUUUGGGGUGCUUAUUGUGUAGGUUAAUUGGACUUUUGGCAGCACACUGACAGAGAAACAAUAGCAGUUUGCUUUUUUUUUCACAUUGCAUGAUCCUUGAUGAUGAAUUAUCUUUUCACGUAUUUAUUUACACUUCACUAUUUCUUCUA